GUGAAUGAGUCCGGGCUCCGCUCCAAGCGCAGUCUGCGGGCUCUCAUCAUGCGGCUGGGGCUCCUGUGUCUGUGGACCGGCUGGAUGCUCCGGAGCGCCGCGUCGCAGCCUCCUCAGCCGGAGGACGGAGGCGUGCGACCCGGCGAACAGCUGCAGACCGACCCGGAGGGAGUCCGGACCGGGUUCCGGAGCCAGAGCACCGGCGAACCGGCAGGUGGAGCCCGGAGGAGAGCAGCUCUGAGCGGACCUCGUGUUUGUGGAGGUCGAUGUUGUCUCGGCUGGACUGUGUCCUCUAAAACCAGGAGGUGCACCAAGCCCAGAUGUUUUCCUCCCUGCCGUAACGGAUCAUCGUGUGGACUUCCUAACAACUGUCUGUGCAGGAGAGGUUUCUAUGGCGUCCGCUGCCAAUUUUCUAAAGUUCCUCUUCCUGUGGGAAGGCCUCCAGAGACAUCCAGCCAUCCUGCCUCCUCAACCACAGCAGCUGGACCAAUCGGUUCCAGUCGGAAACCUGAACCUACAGGUUCAUUUCAGAAGCCAUUAAACGGUAACGACUCUGGUCCUCUGAAGUCUGGACGUCUAGCAGGUCAGGCUGAAGGCGUGAAGGGGGAUCCAGGAGAUGUUACCCUAAGGUUUCUGAACCAAACGUCUCCUAGAAGCACAAAUCUGAUGAGGACAGAUCCAGAUCCAGAGAGGCAAAGCUCAGAUUCAGAACAUGUCCUGGAGUCGAAGCCCCAAACUAACAGAGAAAACAGGAACCCACUGAGAUCCGAGUCCCUGGAGCUGCAAGCAAGUCUGGAAGUUAAAGAGGACGAGGAUCCGACUGGAGCAGAGAGGAGGCCAGAGGAGAUGAAGAGGCAGAUCCCGAGUCUGCGGGAGGCCCAGUCCGUUCUGCUCAGAAACUCUUUAUCACAAGGAGGAAGAGGAGGCAACAUGGCCGCCCUGCUGAUGAAGCACAUAACAAAAGAGAAGAGGAAGCUACACACACUGGCUUCUUCAUCCUCCUCUUCCUCCUCUUCACCAACGACCAGGAGGGCCUUCCAGAACCAGAGAGGUCGGUUCGACUCCCACCUCGCUGCUCCUAAAGUCCUCUGCCCGCUGCUCUGUAAGAACGGCGGCGUCUGCCUGCAGACGGAUCGCUGCCUCUGCCCCUCCAACUUCACCGGGAAGUUCUGCCAGAUCCCCGUCCCGCCCCCCGGCGCCGCCUCCACCAAUGAGAUCGUCCAGCCGCCGCCGCCCUCCUCCGCGGCGGCCAAUCAGGCGCUGAUGCGGUCGGAGUUCCUGCUGCCGCUCGGCCAGAACCGCGUGGCGCCGCCGUCCGCAGACCCCCGCAUGGUAAAGGUCAGAGUUCAGCACCCCCCAGAGGCCAGCGUGAAGAUCCACCAGGUGAGGAAGGUGUCCGGGUCCAGUCCGGCCCCGCGGACCCUCUCCUCCUCCUCCUCCUCUUCAGGUUCGGCUGGCGCUCCGGCCCCGGCUCCGGUUCCAGCAGGUGGCGCUAGAAUCCAGGCUCAGACUCUGAGGGGCGGCGGUACCUACAACCAGCAGUCUGGCUUCAGAUACUGCUUCAGAGAGGUGAAAGACGGACAGUGCAGCUCUCCACUUCCUGGUCUGAGGAGCAGAGAGGUGUGCUGCAGGGGAAUCGGGAAGGCCUGGGGCCUCACCGACUGCAGCCUCUGUCCUGAAGGUCAAAGAAACAGCAGCUGUCCUGUUGGCUUCGAGCGAACCAAUGGAACGCAGUGUGUCGAUGUGAAUGAGUGCCUGCAGCCAGGGCUGUGUGAGAACGGCGUCUGUGUGAACACCAGGGGGAGCUAUAGCUGUGUGUGUCGGUUGGGGUUCAUCCUCGACGCCACACAUGGAAUCUGCAUCUCGCAGAGCGUGAUUUCAGAGGAGAAGGGUCAGUGCUACCGGGUCCUGGGCUCGAGUCAGGGUCCGUAUACCUGCUCCCUGCCCAUCGUCCGGAACAUCACCAAGCAGAUCUGCUGCUGCAGCCGGGUCGGGAAGGCCUGGGGGCCCGACUGCAUGCGGUGUCCCUACUUUGGUUCAGUCGCCUUUAAGGAGAUCUGUCCGGCCGGCCCGGGUUACCAUUACUCGGCUUCCACUCUGCAGAUCAGCCAAAGAGUGGACGGCGAUUCGACGGGCCGAGAAUCUGUGCUGACAGCGCAGGACGCCUCAGAUCCAGUUCCAGGGUCCAGCGGUGUUGGAGCCUUCGGUUCUCAGCAGAGACCCAGUUCAUCCGGGUCACCGUCUGGUACCAGAACCGGUCCAGGCCAGUCCCAGGUCCAGGUCCAGGUCCCUGCUCAGGUAGGUCUGACCGCCAAUUCCAGACCGACGCCCCCUGCUGGUUCAGCAACCCGGACAGCUCAGGCCCGACCAGCGGUCCAAAAUGGCCGCCUGGACCUGGUUCUGACGAGGCUGCAGCCGCCGCUGGCGUUCCCGUCCUCUGGAUUGCGACCCGACCCGGCGCCGGUACCAGCGGACUCUCUGCCAACUCCGGCCCCGCCCCGGACCUCGGAGCGCGGGUCCAGACCCGGACCAGAACCGCCCGGUUCAGAGAGAGUCCAGGCUGUCCGUGAUGUGUGUCAGAUCAGACCAGGUGUGUGUGAGCGCGGCCGCUGCGUGGCUCUGCCAGGUGGGAAACACACCUGUGUGUGUGAUGAGGGAUUCCAGCCCAACGCUCAGCAGAGCCGCUGCUUCGAUGUGGACGAAUGUCAGCAGAAUCCCUGCAGUAACGGGCGAUGUGAAAACUCCCCCGGGAGCUUCAGGUGUGUCUGUUACCAUGGUUACCGGCUCUCUGGGAACACCUGUGAAGACGUGGAUGAGUGUGUGGAUCCGCUGCAGUGUCCGGGUCAGGAGUGCGUCAACACGCCGGGUUCGUACCGCUGCUCGCCCUGCCAGCUGGGGUUCGGGCUGCUCAACGGGAUCUGCACAGACAUUGACGAGUGCCGGCAGUCCCCGUGCUCCAGCGGUCGCUGCGAGAACACGCCCGGCAGCUUUCGCUGCAUCUGUCGCCAUGGUUACAGGCUCCAGAACAACACCUGUACAGACGUGGACGAGUGCGCGGAGCCGUCUCAGUGUCCGGGGCAGAUGUGUGUGAACUCUGUGGGGUCGUACAUGUGUGUGUCGUGUCGUCCAGGAUACACACUGACCAACAGGCAGUGCACAGACGUGGAUGAGUGUGCGAGCGCCGGAGCGUGUGACGCGGAGCAGGUGUGUGUGAACAGCCUGGGCUCGUUCCAGUGCGACUGUCGCCCCGGAUACCGGCGCUCCGGCCCGGGCAGGCGGUGCACAGACGUUAACGAGUGUUUGGAGGGCGACUUCUGCUUCUCCAGAGGGGAGUGUGUGAACACACCUGGAUCCUACACCUGUAUCUGCUCACCUGGAUUCACGCUGAGUGAGAACAGGACGGCCUGCCUCGACGUGGACGAGUGUGUGAGGCCUGGUGUGUGUUCGGACGGCCGCUGUGUCAACACCGACGGCUCCUUCCUGUGUCAGUGUAACUCGGGCUUCAGCGCCAACCCGGAGCAGACCGCCUGCCUCGAUGUGGACGAGUGUGUGUCCAGCGGCGGCUCCGUUUGCCCGUCGCGGCGGUGUGAGAACAUCAUCGGCUCGUUCCGCUGCCUCGCCGCCUGCCAGGCGGGUCAGCGGGUCGCCGCCGACGGCUCGUGCGUCGGGCCGCCCGUGUCAGUGGCGGCGGUGGAGGCGGCGGUGGUGGUGUCCUCGCAGCCCGCAGCACCAUGGCUCCCAUCAUCUGUUUCAGAGUCCGGGUCCCACCCUGAGUCCACAGACUCCUCCUCCUCCUCCUCCUCCUCCUCCUCCUCCUCUUCCUCUUCCUCUUCCGGGGUCCAGAUCAGUGCGGUGGACGUUUCUGCGGUUUUGCAGCCCCUGUCUGCGGCGCGGCCCGGUGAUCUGAGGGACUGUUAUUACAACCUGGCGGCCGGCGGCUGCAGCCUGCUGGCGGCCAACACCAGCCAGCAGGAGUGCUGCUGCACCGCGGGGGAGGGCUGGGGGCGGGGUUGCCGCGCCAACGCCUGCCCCGCCGCAAACACAGCUGACUUCCUGUCCCUGUGUCCCAGUGGGAGGGGCUACGUGACAGGGGGAUCGGACGCCUUCAGCUACUCAGACGUGGACGAAUGUAAGCGCUUCCAUCCAGAGGUGUGUAAGAACGGCGUGUGUGUGAACAACAUCCCGGGCUACAGCUGCUACUGCUCCAGCGGCUUCGUCUACAGCGCCGCCCUGCUGGAGUGCAUCGAUUUAGACGAGUGUGAAGUGGAGAGCUGCGUGGGCGGCGUGUGUGUGAACACGGUGGGGUCGUUCUACUGCAGUUGCCCGCCGCCGCUGGUGCUGGACGACACGCAGAGGAACUGCGUCAACGCCUCGUACCUCACCAUGGAUGAGAACCUGUCCGUGUGCUGGCAGCACGUCAGCGCCGACCUGCUGUGCCAGAGUCCUCUGCUGGGGGCGCAGGUCACCUUCAUCGACUGCUGCUGCUUCUACGGCGAGGGCUGGGGGAUGGGCUGCGCCCUCUGCCCCGCCACCGACUCAGAGGCCUACGCCUCUCUGUGCAGCUCCUACUCUGCAGCGGCGUUCCCAGGAAGCUUCCCAGACUCCGCCGGACCAGAAACCGGGCCGGGCCGAGGAGCUGACCCCUACAGUUCGGAGUUCUUCCCUGCAGCGCCGCUUCCUGCCAUAGAUUUCAGUCAGGACUACGUCGACUACUCGCCCGCCGGGGACGGCAGGUCCGACUUCAGGGCCAGGCCGCCCGCCUCCUUCGGCCCGCCGGACGGCGGCUCCGAGUUCAGCCCUGGUUUCUACCCGGAGGGAGACUACGGCUCCGCGCCCAGGACGCCCACCUUCCGGCUCCCCCCAGACCCCAGGUCCGACAUCGCCUUCGUGCCCCGGCCGCUGCCUCCGUCCAGAUCCGACCCACCGCCGCUCAGCCUGGCGCCACGGCCCGGACCGCCGUACGACGACCGGCAGGAGGGCGGAGCCUUCAGGGGGCGGCGGCCGGGGGCGGGGCUUCCUCCGUUCACUGACAGCGAGGGCGGCGGGCCACGGAGGCUGUAUGAGAGGCGCUACGAGACACACGCCAGCCUGAGUGCCGCCGAGGAUUGUGGGAUUCUGCACGGCUGUGAGAACGGCCAGUGCAUCCGCGUUGCCGAGGGUUACACCUGCGACUGCUACGUGGGCUUCGAGCUGGACCUGACCUCCAUGAGCUGCAUCGACAUUAACGAGUGCGAAGACGCUGCUGCGCUGCCGUUCCCAUGCGUCAACGCUCGCUGCGUCAACACUGAGGGCUCGUUCCGAUGCGUCUGCAGGAGAGGUUACGUCAUGUCGCGCAGACACAACCACUGCAUCGCCGCUUAGACCCGGCGGGACCAGCGACCCGACUGGACUGGCAGCAGCUCACUGGACUACCAUUCUGUUGUGGAAAAUUCAUUAAUUACAGGAGCUAACCUGCUGGCAGCAGGAGCUUUUAUAACAUUUAAAUUUAAAUCUGUAGAUUGCUGAACAGAAGCAGCAGGUUGCUGACCUCUGACCUUUAGCAGGUGGAAUGACACUGAACUGAAGUAUUCAGUUCUUUCUGUUUGCACUAAACCAAAUGAAGACAGAAGAGCUGAUUUAACAUCUUCCAUCAUAAACAGAAUCACAUACUGGCCUCCAUCUAAAGUUUUAAUUUCUCUGCCAAAAAAUUACUAAACAUGAGAAACAAAGAUGGAAGAAACGGCUUCAAAACGAGGCUGUUGAUGCGGAGAAACGUGGCCAAAGUAAAAAGUGAAGAUUUAUCUUGUGAGGAGAAAGUCAGGAGAAACAGGAGACGUAACAAACCGGCACAAUAAGGAAGGAUUUAAAAGCUCUCUGUGGUGAGUCUCAAACAAUUUCUGAGACAAAAUCUGUUAUUCAGAGCACUAAUAUUUAAUGUUUUAAGUUAAUUUUAUUCCCAAUUUUCAUUUCCAAUAAUCUUAAAGAUUAUCAGUUUGAUUUAGGAUCAUUUUCCUGCCGUUUGUUCAGGGAUCUGAGCCACUCUGAAGGACAUGCUCCGAUCUGAAAUCAGGUAUUUUCAUCAUAUCGGAUGAUCUGGGCCUGGUAUCGCAUCACGUGGCAUCAAACGAGAACGCAGCAGUCUAUUAGGUUCAGCCAAUCAGAAACAGAGAGGAUCUAAAACAGCUGCCAUGACACACAGAAAGUCCAGUGGAUGUUGGAGAUCCUCAGAGAUCUCUUGGUAUCGUUUUUUUAUCUUUUAAAAAUAAUCUACAACCUAUCACCACAGGACCAAAGUUGAUACAAAGUUUUAUUGUCUAAAUUUCUAAAUCUUGCCGUGUGAAGUUAUUGCUCCUGUUCUGACCAGCAUUGUUGCUCUGAGCCCACCUGACGUCAACAGCACCAUAUUUCUCUCAACUAGUUUGAAUUUAUCAUGUUAACCUUUCGAAUUUGAACAAAAGCAGAUUAGGAGUGUUCAUGUAAAGCCCUGAUUUUAGUAAAUAAACUUUAUUUACUUGCUUACCUACAGAUUAAACAACAUUAAUGAUAAAAAAUGAUGUUGGUGGUUCAGAUCCCCGCUGUCUGCAGCGCUCAUAGUUUGUCUUCCUGAGGAGAUUUAUGGACUGAAUGUCAAUGAAGCAGAUUCAGACUGAAGUUUUGCUUCAUAUAAAGUAAUGUUUCCAUAUCCUGUUUUAAAUUAAUGAUGUAUCCGUAGAUCAAACAUUUCAUCCCAAAUGACUGUUUUAGUUUCUAGUCACAUUAUCCACGGAAGAGGCUUUGAAUGGACCAAAUUUAAUAUUGUUGGCCAGAAGAUUUGAUACAAAAAACAAUUAUAACAAUAAUAGAAUUCAGAGCUCCAGAUGUUUAAUAAAAACUCUGAGCUGAAGAAAAAUUCAUACAGCUGUUAAAGUUUAAGGCAAUAAAAUAUCUUCUCGUUUUUGAUUAAAUAUUUAUGUCAUUUAUGGGUAAAUAUUGAGUAGUUAAAAAUAUUUUCUUUCAUUUUUACCUGUUAACUUACUAGCUAACAGAUAAAACCAGAAAGUUUUAACAUUAAUGAGGUCCUUAGCAUUCGAUUGAAAUCUGAAGGUCUAACAUCAAAGCUGCAGUAGCUGAAAUACUUGGGAAAAACAUUUAGAGAUCAAACUCUAACUAUUGAAAUGAGCCGUUUGGUUUGUUUAUUAGCUUGUAGGUUGUUUGGCUGUAGUUAGCUCAAAUGCUAAUAAUCCAGCUCAAAUGUGUUACUGUCAAAACAACAAACACUUUUGGGCUUGAAAGUUGCCUUUGUAAAACCUUUUAAAUUGCUUAAAAGUUUCAUUUUGGAUAUAAUUAGUUUUUCUCCUAACAUUUGGCACCAGCGCUAAUUAGUUAGCUGUUAGCAAGUGUUAUUUAAUCCACAAAAUCAAAUAUCCUUAUAUGUUCACUCCUUUAUUAUUCCACUAAGACUAUUUUUUCCUGCAAUGUAUUUAGUUACAUUUUGUUGUAGCGCUACGUGGCUAACAGCCUCCUGCUUAGUGUCAGAUGAGUUUUCAGGCUAAAAGCAGAAAGUUGACUGAACUCUGUACACCAUGGUGACGUUUCAAAGAGUAAAACAUCACAACUUUCAAAUCAAAUCUGCUCAUUUAAGUUGUUGAAUUGUAAAUAGUUCUGGCUGUUUUUACUAUCUAGCAUAUUAGCUAGCUUGUUUUUAGCCACCUGUGUUUUCCUCUAGUUUAGAAGUAAAUGCAAUGCUCUUGGUUUUUAUAGUUACUAGACCAAAUGUAACCAUUUUUUACUGUAUAUAUUCUUAUUUCAACUUCAUUUUAUUUGAAAUGAUUUUUUAAUGAACAUUUUUAAAUAAACUUGUUGUACAGAUCUAAAUAUGAACUGAUAUUCCACCAAAUAUUCAACUUGUUAAAUAUUUGUAUUACAUUUUCAGUGGAAAACAGUGUGAGUGAUAUGUUUAAUUUCUGUUUUCAGUUGGCUUUAUGACUAUUUUUCAUGUGACUACAGUAUUUUUUCCACAGCAGAAGUUUGAAAUGAAAUGUGUGUAUAAAAUUUCCCUUUGUGAUAUUAUGCUAAAUCAAGUGUCAUAAGCUUUAUUUUUCCUCUUCAGCACAUGAAGGUUCAAGUAAAACAUGCACUGUAUCUGCCAAAGAGCAGGUUCCUCAGCGGGUUUUCUAACCAAUCUGAAACCAUAUUUUUGGUUUUUAAAUGGUUUUAUUUUAAAGUUUGAUAAAACUUUUUUGUAUUAUCGUUUCUUUGACAAGGACUGCAAAUACAUUUGCACACAUUAACUCUUA